GAGUCUAGCUCGAGGUCGAAACCAUUACUUUCUAUCCACAUCCACCACAAUGGCGGUGGCGUCGACUCCGCCUCUGCAGCUUGUCAUAGCCGCGCUUCUUGCGCUGUCCCUGUCCACGACAGCGUCCUCGUCGCCUGCGCCGGCGAACCGGAGCAGCUGCUACAAGCGUCUAUUCAGCUUCGGCGACUCUCUGACCGACACCGGCAACUACAUCAUCCACUACUCGAACGCGUCAGGGCCGGUCCUAGCGCUGCCAUACGGCGAGACCUUCUUCGGCCGCCCUACCGGCCGAUGGUCCGACGGCCGCCUCAUCAUCGACUUCAUCGUGGAGAGGCUGGGGUUCCAGUACUGGCCGGCGUACCUGAAGGGGGCGGCCGGGAAGUCGCCGGCGGAGGAAUUCCGGUACGGCACCAAUUUUGCGGUUGCGGCCGCCACGGCGCUGAGCCAGGAUUUCUUCCUGGAAAAGAACCUCAGGGUGGACCUGCUUACCCCGAGCCCGAUCCCCCCUUACUCCCUCGGCGUCCAGAUCGACUUGUUCAAGAAAGUGCUCGCCAUGCUCGCCUCCACGGACCAAGAGAGGAAGGAGGUGAUGUCGAGCUCGCUGUUCCUGGUGGGGGAGAUCGGCCUCAACGACUACAACCACCCCUUCUUGCAGAACAAGACCCUGGAAUGGGUCAGGCCCCUCGUGCCCCAGGUCAUCAGCUCCAUCGUUCUGUCCAUCGAGGCUCUGAUCGAGCUAGGCGCCAAGACCAUGUAUGUGCCGGGCAUCUUCCCGCUGGGGUGCACCCCGCUGUACCUCUCCCUCUUCCCCGGCGACGACCGCGACCCUGCCACGGGCUGCCUCCGGGGGGUCAACGACCUCAUCCUCGCCCACAACCACAUGCUGGAAACCAAGCUUGAGGAGCUCCGCCGUGACCACCCCGGCGUGUCCAUCACCUACGUCAACUCCUACGACAACGUCCUCGGCCUCAUCACAGCGCCCACCCAAAACGGGUUCGACAAGGAAACGGUGCUGGAGGCGUGCUACCCCGUCUUCAUUUCUGGGUCGGCGGCGGUUCCGUGCGUGGACCCGUCCAAGCACGUGAAUUUCGACGGCCUGCACAUGACGGAGGCGGCGUACAAGCUCAUGGCCCGCGGGAUGCUCGACGGCCCGUUCGCCGCGCCGUCCAUCAUGUCCACCACAUGCAACCACGGCUGCUAGACCUAUGUCUUGCUUUCGCAAAUGAUCUAUAUUCAGAUAGUGCUUGUUGCAUCUGGUUGUCAAAGGGUCAUCAAUAAAUACUCGAUCACGAUGGUGCGCGUUGCAGCACCUCCAUUUUUCCAAUAAAUUAAUAGUACUUUUUGUAAUAUAUAAAGUGACAUGUACAGUACUCCUAUAUUAUAAGAAGAAAC